AUUACUUUAUGGAUUUUGAAUAUUUUGAUAAAUAAGAUGAUGAUGAUGAUAUGAAUGUUGAAUUUGAUGAAGAAGAUAUCAAAUACAAUAUAGAAGAUUCAAAGAAACCAAUCGAAAAAGAAUUGGAUGAUUCUGAAAUUUCAUAAAUAGAAUUAAAAAUCAAUAAGAUGAAAGAAGAGGAAUAAUAUUUUGAUCAAGAUUCAGAUGAAGAUACUAAAAAGAAAUUGACCUAAGCUAAAGAGUGGAAAAGACAUUUUGGAAACUAUAUUCCUUUAAUUUUUAUAAAUGAUGAACCCAUAUUUGCUAUAAGUCCAUAAUGGAUAAUCAAUCUAUUUGUAAUAAUUGGACUAUUUGUUAUUACAUAUUUCCAGUUUACAAAACCUAAACAAAAGACCAUUUAAUUUUGCAUAACAAUCAUUAUUAAUGUAUUAGAACUUUUAGGUUAUAUUAUUGCUGCUCUUAUCAAUCCUGGAAUAAAUACUUCCCUUUAAGAGACUUAUAAUAAACAUAAUAAUUGUUAGGUAUUUUAUAUGUAUUAUAAAAGAUCUGUGAAAUAGUUCAUUAUCGAAAAGACACUUAUCAUUGUGAGACUUGUAAUGUAUGUAUAAGAGAAUUUCAUCAUCAUAGCAAUUUUUUAGGAAGAUGUAUUGGAUAAGGUAAUUUAUUUUAUUACUACCUCAGCAUCCUAUUUUUGCCUUUAUUUCUAAUCAAUCUUAUAGUAUUAUAUGUGUUUUGA